AUGAAGCUCGUCAGAUUCCUCAUGAAAUGCGCCAACGAGACGGUGACAAUUGAGUUGAAAAAUGGAACCAUCAUCCACGGCACAAUCUCCUCCGUCUCCCCCCAGAUGAACACGGCUCUUCGCAACGUCAAGAUGACCAUCAAGGGUCAGGAGCCCAUCUCCCUCGAGACCAUGAACAUCCGAGGUUCUACAAUCCGAUACUUUAUCCUUCCCGACUCACUACCUCUCGACACACUACUCAUUGACGACGCGCCCAAGCCCAAGAACAAGGCCCGCAAGGAGGCGGCAGACCGUGGUGCCCGAGGUGGACGAGGCAGAGGCGGUCCCAGGGGACGUGGACGCGGCGGCGGUGGUGGUCGCGGCCGCGGAGGACGACCUUAGAAAGAACAACGCAGGAAGAGAUAGGAGGCCAGGCGAGAAAGGAGAGAAGGAGGAUGGAAGCGUAAAGGCGCAUCAUUCGUGGAGUGGCUAUGAUAUCGAGAUGAUAUCACAUUUUAAAUGGAACUUGGCGUUCGGGUUGUUUAGCCAUAAAAACUGUAUGAAUCUGAA